AUGGCGGAUGCACUGCUUGUUCCCACUGUAGAAGUUCUAGUGCAGACGGCAAUAAACUUGGCUUCAGAACAAAUUGGCCCGUUUCCGGGCUUCAUGAAUGAUUUUGCAAGGCUGUGGAGAGCGUUGCGUCUGAUUGGGGCUGUCCUUCGUGACGCAGAGGAACGACAGGUGACUAAUGAGGCCGUGAAGUUUUGGCUGGAGGAGCUUGAACGUGUCACUUUCAUUGCCGGAAAUUUGCUGGAUGACUUCAACUUUGAAAUGAAUCGGCGCAGGAUUGAGAUCCAAAACCAAACGAAGAGGAAGGUAUGCUUCUUCUUCUUCUCUCGCUUUAAUUCCAUUGCAUUCCGUCGCAAAAUGGCCAAACAGAUUCGGGAAAUCAAUAUGGAGCUGCAACGUAUCAAUGAAGACGCACCCCACUUGGGCCUCGUGUCACGGGUUCACAUUGAACGUGCUCUUUCUCCUCAGAACAGAGAGACUUACUCUGAUACUAUUGAUAGGAGUUUUGUUGGAAGAGAUGAUGAUGUUUCAGCGAUAGUAACACAGUUGACUGCCACGGAUAACAAUGAAACUAUCUCCGUUCUUCCCAUAGUAGGGAUGGGCGGGAUCGGGAAGACCGCAUUGGUUCAAAAAGUUUUCAAUGAUCGAAAGAUUAUGCAACAUUUUGACGAGAGAAUGUGGGUGUGUGUUUCGGAGGAUUUCAAUGCCGAUAGGCUUUUUCUGUUGAUGCUAGAAUCAUUGAAAGAACCAAUGCCCGAAGCUGAGAGUAGGGAAGUCAGGGUCAAGCACCUUAAGAAAUUAUUGGAUGGUAGAAAGUAUCUACUGGUCUUGGAUGAUGUUUGGAAUGAGGACUCCGCACUAUGGCAUGAUUUUCUUGUAUGUUUGAAAGGUAUUAUUAGCCAAGCCAUGGGGAGCUGGAUUCUUGUGACCACUCGUUCCCUAAAAGUGGCACACAUCAUGAGAAUUUCUUUUGGUCUUCGGUACUUGGAAGAAUUAUCAGAUGAUCAAUGUUGGCUCAUUCUCAAAGAAAAUGCAUUUGGCACUGGGGAGGUGCCGAAUGGACUACAACAUGUAGGAUUCAAGAUUGCGCAAAGAUGCCAAGGAUUACCAUUAGCUGCAAGCAUUCUUGGUGGCACACUGCGCUACAAGGGAGCGGAUGAAUGGCGAAUUUUAGAGAGUGAGCUUCAAAGUUUAGGUGGAGGUGAAUACAUUGAGGUUUUUGAAAUUCUUAAGUUGAGCUUCGCUCGUCUUCCACAUCCAUCUCUCAAAAAGUGUCUUGCAUAUUGUUCAAUUUUUGCCGGGGGCUUUCAAAUGGAAAGGAAUCAACUAAUCCAACUUUGGAUGGCAGAAGGAUUUCUUCAUUCAAAUCCAAGAAAAAAUAUGUGUAUGGAGGAAGUUGGUAACGAGUAUUUUACCAUUUUGUUGGAUAGUAACUUGUUUCAAGAUGGAGAGAAGGAUGAUUAUGGGAAUGUUUUGAAUUGUAGAAUGAAUGGUCUUGUGUACGAUAUGGUGCAAUCCAUUUCUGAACAUAAAACUUUAAGGUUGAAAGAGUCAACAGAAGCUGAUUUUCAUGACAAGACUUUUCGGUAUCUUGCAAUGGAGAGAAGUGAUGGAGAAGAAAUACUACCAUUUCCACAGGAGGAGAGCUUCAGGUACAUAACAACAUUAUUUUUGUUGGAGAACAAAUCAAUUAAUAUUGAUGGUUGGAUCUCAUCUUUGACUUCCUUGCGGGUGCUAAACUUAGCUUCAUCAGAUGUCGAGGAGUUUCCUGAAUCAAUCAACAAGUUAUCUCAUUUAAGGUACCUCGAUUCAUCAGAUACUCCGAUCAAAACAUUACCAGAGUCUCUUUGUCAGCUUAACAAUUUGCAGACGUUAAGAGUUAGAGAUUGCAAAUCGUUGACAAAUUUUCCAAACAAUUUCAAGAAUUUGGUUAGUUUGAGGCACUUUGACUUUUUCUCUAGAGAUAAAUCUAGUGAUAUGAUGCCUCUUGCGAUCGGACAGUUGUAUGCUCUCCAAACAUUACCAUUUUUCAAUAUUGGUGAAGAGGCGGGUCGACAAAUUGGACAAUUGGAGAGUUUAGAUAAUCUCAGUGAAAGUCUCGAGAUACGGAAUCUUGAAUUGGUGAGAAGAAAGAAAGAAGCCGAGUCUGCAAAUCUGAUUGAAAAGUCAAACAUUAAUGAGUUGAAAUUAUUGUGGAAUGAGUUAGAUAGUUCGAGAGAGAAUGACAUCGAAUACAAUCAAGUGUUGGAAGGCUUGCAACCUCACCAAAAUUUGAAAGGUUUGAUAAUUGAAAGAUUUUUUGGUGAUCAACUUUCGACAUGGAUCGGAAAACUUGAGAAAUUGGUGAAGUUUGAACUGCGAAAUUGUAGAAACUGCAAGGAGUUACCAACUCUUGGACACAUGCCCUUCCUCAAAUAUCUUCACCUGGAAGGACUCGACAACAUGACAACCAUAGGGCCUUCUUUUUAUAGCGAAUCAACCGUGCAUGGUGGCGGUAGCAGUCAAUUGUUUCCAGCACUUGAACAUCUCAUUCUCGAAAACAUGCUAAAUUUGCGUGACUGGGUGGAAGCAUUAGAUCAUGAUGGAGCAGUGGUGGUGUUUCCAGUCCUUAACACGAUGAGGAUUAAAAAGUGUCCCCAGAUAGCCACUUUUCCGAGUCAUUUUCCAUGUCUCAAGAACUUGCACAUUGAGCACAUCAACAAUGGAUCAAGUGCCACUCACUGA